UUACUAUUAAUUGUUAUGCUUCUUAAAAUAAAUUUAGAAGGAAAAUUUGAUUUUGCCUUCUCAAUGAGAGUGCAUAUGCAUUCCGAAGAGUAAAGAACAAAUCCAGAAUCUACUUACACUUUGACAUAUAUAAAUAGCGUGCAAUUAUGACUUGACAUUCAAAUAUUCAAGAUGAUAAGGCAGAAAAUUAAUCUCUAUCUCUUCAGUUGUAACUUUUAUUUCUUUUGUAAUCUUAUCUCUUGCAUGUUGACCAUAUUUACGUGUAAUUAAGUCUAUAUUUACUUCAAAUAUUCACAGGAUUGAUACAUUGUCUAUUUUCCUUUUAUAGAUUUUCUCUUUUAUGGCAUCAGAGCCUACUGACAGUUGUAACUUAUUCUUUUCUAAUCUAAUCUCUUGUUGUUAACUAUAUUUACAUGUAAGUCUAUAUAUAUAUAUAUAGAAGUGUAUAUGUACUUCAAUAUAUACAUAUACUCGCGGGAUAUAUAGAUACAUUGUCUAUUUCCCUUUCAUAUAUUUUCUCUUUUAUAUCAAACCAUGGCACGUAGAGUGAUCCCAUUUUUUAUUUUGUUAUCUGCGUCUUUCUGCAGCUGCACUCGAUUGAAAGGUAUUAAUAGUGUGGAAGACGUUGAAAUAGAUAGACAACUCAAGAUUCUGAACAAGCCCUACACCAAAAGCAUUCAGACCAAAGAAGGUGAUGUCUUUGACUGCAUUGAUAUCUAUAAACAGCCGGCCUUUGAUCAUCCUUUGCUUAAAAAUCAUAGUAUUCAGAUGAAACCUAGUGGUUUCCCAAAGGAAGUAGUGGCGAAUCCAACUUCAGCUGCAGGCAGGCCUUUUGCACAAGGGUUGAGUGAAGGCUGCCCAUUGGGCACCGUUCCCAUCAAGAGGGUUCGAAAGGAAGACCUUUUGAUAUGGUCUAAAGAAAACUCUCCUCAUCCAACUGCUGCUAGCUCUAGUGAAUUUCAUUAUGCAACAAGAAUAUUAGCAAGCAAUGGAGUCACACGGUAUUUUGGAGCCGCUGCAGUGGUCAGUAUACAAAAUCCACAAGUUUUGAAUAAUCAAUACAGUCAAGCCUUUGUACAGAUCCGAAGUGGCCCUGGUGCUCAACUUAACACCAUUAGAUUUGGAUGGAUGGUAAAUCCAAAAUUAUUUGGUGAUAGUCUUACACGAACCUUUGCCACAUUGGAUGCAGGAGAAAAUGGUUGUUUCAAUAACCUCUGCUCAGGUUUUGUUCAAGUUAGCACAACAUUUCCUCUUGGUUAUGUUCUCAAGAAUAUUUCCAUCUAUGGAGGAGAACAAUUUGUAGUUCGAUUCAUCAUAUUCAAGGAUGCCAAAUCAGGAAAUUGGUGGCUUGCACAUGAUGACGAAGAGCAAACUGUUGGGUAUUGGCCAAAUUCCUUAUUUACUAGUCUAUCAGUAUCAGGUGGUGAGAUAACAUGGGGAGGAGGAGUUUACAGUGCUGACAGCAAUGAAGCUAAUCCUCCCAUGGGAAAUGGCCAUUUUGCAAACGAAGAUUAUAAGAAGGCUGCUUACUUUAAAUUCCUUCGAACUAUUGAUGACUCCAAUAACUUGGUAUUUACCGACGAUAGUUUACUCCAAUAUUUCACAGAUAGCCCAAAAUGUUACACCGUAGGUGCACUCGAAGAAGAAGAACAUGCUUUCCAAUUUGGUGGUCCUGGUGGAAAUUGUGCAGUGUAAUUUAUUUCAGAUUUUGAAAUCUAUGUAAGCUUUUUUCAGGUCUAAACAAAAAUAAUCCAAUUAUUCAAUAUAGAAAAUGCUUAUAAUGGAAUAAAGUGGUUCAAGGCUUAUUUAUCUC